ACUCACCAUAGAUAAGAUUUCUAACUUCAAGGUCUCCCUCAAUUAUUAUACUCAUUUCUUUUUAUGCUGUCUCUGUCUCAGCUCUCACCCACUCCCAAGCUCAUUUCUUUAUAAGCAUUUCAUUGGGUUUUAGCAGAUUCAUUGCAAGAAUUAAUUAAUACCACUCUCUCAAGAUUUUUGGGUUUUUCUUGUUUUUUAUUUUUUAUUUUUCAGUGGAGGGAGAGAGUGAAGAAGCCGCCUUCAAUUGGGCUACCAAAGAUGAGGAAAUUGGAAGUUGUUUCACCAGUGCCUGCUGAUAUAGAUAUUGCUAAUUCUGUUGCCCCUCUUCAUAUUUCUGAGAUUGCUAAGCAGCUUAAUCUUAGUCCUGAUCAUUAUGAUCUUUAUGGCAAGUAUAAAGCUAAGGUGUUGCUUCCUGUUAUUGAUGAACUCGAAGGAAGGGAAGAUGGGUAUUACGUAGUGGUUGGAGGGAUUACUCCAACUCCACUUGGAGAAGGGAAGUCAACUACCACUGUUGGUCUUUGUCAAGCUUUGGGAGCUUUUCUUGAUAAAAAGGUCGUUACAUGUCUUCGCCAACCAUCACAAGGACCAACAUUUGGAAUCAAGGGAGGUGCAGCAGGUGGCGGAUAUAGUCAAGUUAUUCCAAUGGAUGAGUUCAAUCUUCACUUAACAGGAGAUAUUCAUGCGAUAACGGCUGCAAACAACCUUUUGGCCGCGGCCAUUGAUGCACGAAUGUUUCAUGAAUCAACACAAAGUGAUAAAGCGCUUUUUAACCGUUUGUGUCCUGCUGACAAAGAAGGUAAAAGAAAAUUUAGUGCCAUCAUGUUCAGGCGUCUAGAAAAGCUUGGUAUCACCUGCACCAAACCUGAGGAUCUUACCCCAGAAGAAGUUACCAAGUUCGCCAGGCUUGAUAUAGACCCUGCAUCUAUCACAUGGAGGAGAGUUAUGGAUGUUAAUGACCGGUUUUUGAGGAAAAUUUCUGUUGGUCAGGGCCCUGAUGAGAAAGGCAUGGUGAGAGAAACAGCAUUUGAUAUAUCAGUUGCCAGUGAGAUAAUGGCAGUGUUAGCCCUUACCACCUCUUUAGCUGAUAUGAGAGAGAGGCUUGGUAAAAUGGUUGUUGGAAAUAGCAAGGCUGGUGACCCUGUUACUGCUGAUGAUCUUGGCCUUGGUGGUGCUUUGACUGUUCUAAUGAAAGAUGCCAUUAAUCCUACUUUGAUGCAGACUCUUGAAGGAACACCUGUUUUUGUUCAUGCUGGUCCUUUUGCAAAUAUUGCUCAUGGUAAUUCCUCUAUUAUAGCUGAUAAGAUUGCACUUAAACUGGUGGGGCCGGGUGGGUUUGUCAUUACUGAAGCAGGAUUUGGUUCUGAUAUUGGAACUGAGAAGUUUAUGAAUAUUAAAUGUCGCUAUAGUGGGUUAAAACCUCACUGCGCUAUUAUUGUGGCAACUAUAAGGGCACUCAAAAUGCAUGGUGGAGGGCCACAAGUUGUGGCCGGGAGGCCUUUGGACCAUGCUUACCUCACUGAGAAUGUGCCUCUUGUUGAGGCUGGAUGUGUAAAUCUAGCAAGGCAUAUAGCCAAUACAAAGGCAUACGGUGUAAAUGUUGUGGUAGCUGUAAAUAUGUUCUCAACUGAUACCGAAGCUGAAAUAAAUGCUGUUAGGUCUGCAUCAUUAGCAGCCGGAGCAUUUGAUGCUGUUCUUUGCACUCAUCAUGCCCAUGGUGGAAAAGGAGCGGUAGACCUAGGCAUUGCAGUUCAAAAGGCCUGCGAAAGUGUGACACAGCCCCUGAAAUUCCUGUAUCCUCUGGACAGCAGCAUCAAAGAGAAAAUAGAAGCAAUAGCACGGUCUUAUGGUGCUAGUGGUGUUGAUUACUCGGAACAGGCUGAGAAGCAGAUUGAGAUGUACACCAAGCAAGGAUUCUCUAAUUUGCCAAUCUGCAUGGCGAAAACCCAAUAUUCAUUUUCGGACAAUGCAUCGGCAAAGGGCGCUCCCUCCGGGUUUGUCUUGCCAAUUCGAGAUGUGAGGGGAAGCAUUGGUGCUGGAUUUAUUUAUCCUUUAGUUGGCACCAUGAGUACAAUGCCAGGACUUCCCACAAGACCCUGCUUCUAUGACAUCGAUCUCGACACCGCCACAGGAAGAGUUAUUGGUCUUUCAUAAGAACCUUCCAGGUGAUAUAAUAUCUGGACGUAAGGACUGGAUGGUCUUGAAAACCAGGCAUCAAAACAGCGAGUUUGUUACUGAGCAAGGUCGAGUUAAAGCUCCCUUCUCACUUGUAAUUUGUUGAGCAAGUGGUACGAUUUUCUUUUAUAUGGUCAUAUCAUGUUUCAAGAAUAAUUCUAAUCCUAGAAUGGAUUCAAGUACUCAAAGAUAAUAAGCAAUUUGAUUUUUGUUGUA